AUGGCUUCCGCACCAGACGUGCAACAACCUCCUUUCGAUGAUUCCGACAAGACCUUCAAUGAGGCUUCAGAGAAGGAGCAACAAAUCACACCCGACUCCUCCGAGCUGCAGCCAGAAACUAGAGCUGUGACGGGUUGGAAAUGGGUACUGGUUUGUGCCGGCCUCUACUGCGCUAUUUUUCUGUACGGGCUCGACAAUACCAUUGCUGCAGACAUCCAGAGCUCUGUCCUAGACACUUUUGGAGAUGUCGGACAGCUGGCUUGGAUAGGUGAUGGGUUUCCCCUAGGAUCCGUUGCCACCAUCUUGACUUUUGGGAAAGCUUACGGAAUGUUUAAUGUCAAGUAUGUUCAUCUGGGAAGCAUCGUCGUGUUCGCCGUCGGGAGUGCUAUCUGCGGUGGCGCCCCCAAUAUGGACGCUCUCAUCGUGGGACGAGUCAUUGCUGGCGUCGGCGGCGCGGGAUUAUAUCUCGGCAUGUUGAACCUGAUUGCCAUCAAUACCCUAGAAAAAGAGCGACCUGCGUACAUGGGUGGUACCGGUGUGAUCUGGGGAGCUGGAACCAUCUUGGGCCCUGUCAUAGGAGGCGCGUUUGCUGACUCGAGUGCCUCAUGGAGAUGGGCCUUCUACAUCAACCUCGUCAUCUUUGGAGCUUUGUCGCCAGCACUCCUUUGCAUCCCAAGCUUUAACCCGCAACCAGAAAUCUCAACACUCACGAAACUAAAGGAGCUUGACUGGGUCGGCGCAACUCUUAUUGCGGGACUUUACACCACCUUUGUAAUGGCUCUUACAUUUGGAGGCGUGACAUGGGAGUGGAAUGAUGGUCGGACGAUCGCCACCUUGGUAGUCUGCGGCGUGAUCUUGUUGCUCUUCAUGGCCCAGCAGUACUUUGCUAUACUUACUACUCCCGAGCGCCGGCUGUUCCCCAUCCAAUUCAUCGCUUCUCGGACCAUGGUCAUAUUACACAUCUGCACGGCGUGCGGAUCAACCGCCAUGUUUGUCGUCAUAUACUACAUCCCUCUUAUGUUCCAGUUUUCACAUGGUGACAACGGGAUUGAAUCUGCUGUAAGAUUGCUGCCGUUUAUCUGUGUUCUCAGUGUUUUCAUCAUGGGCUCUGGGCAUCUCUUGGGGUAUCUGGGAUACUAUAUUGUACUUUACAUCGUUGGCGGGGCUUUCCUACUCGUCGGCGCCGCUCUCAUGUACACAACCAGUGCCACAACUCAUACAGGUACUAUCUACGGCUUUUCGGUCUUGAUCGCCAUCGGGGCUGGUUUGGUUGCUCAGAUUGGCUACAGUGUGGCCCCUUCUAAAGCUGCGCCCCAGGAUAUGGCAGCAGCAAUCGGGUUCAUAAACGUUGCUCAAAUUGGAGGUUUGGUUGUCGCUCUGGCUAUCUCCGGCACUGUGUUCCAAAAUGUCACCUUUACUCACCUGAGCAAAGUUCUUACUCCUCGGGGAUUCACUGCCUCGCAGAUCCACGGUGCUGUCGCCGGAUCCCAGAGCACUUUGCUCAACAGUUUGCCAAGCGAUAUUCAAACCGAGGCGAUAGACAUAAUCGUAAAAUCUAUUUCUCGCCUUUAUGCUCUCGUGAUCACGGCAGGAGCAUUGUGUUUUGUGACGGGAAUGCUCCUGAAGAGGGAGAAGCUGUUUGGGGCCAAGGCUGUUGCUGCUACUUAG